UUCAGCUCUUUAAACGUUACUGCAACGUGCUCAUUAAAAUCGUUUUUGUUAAUUAUUUAUUAUCCUAAAUUAUAGUAAUUGUUAAUUUUUUUUAUAAUAAUAUGUCAUCUCAAUCAGCACCUACAAUUAUACUAAAUUAUGGCACCGUCAAGCAAGUUUUAUCAGGAGAUUCCAUUGUGGUAAGAGGAGUUCCCAAACCAGAUGGCCCACCAGCUGAAAGACAAAUUUGUCUUACAAAUAUAGUAGCCCCAAGACUUGGUAGAAGACCCACACCAGUUAAUGAUGCCACUCCUGAUGAACCAUAUGCCUGGGAAAGCAGGGAAUACUUGAGGAAAAAAUUGAUUGGUCAAGAAGUGUGUUUUACAAUUGAUUACAAAGUCCCAACUAGUGGAAGAGAAUAUGGCUAUGUAUAUUUAGGAAAAGAUAUUUAUGGAGAAAAUAUUGUUGAAUCUCUAAUAAAAGAAGGCCUUGCUGAAGUUAGAAAAGUUGGAAUGAGAAUGAAUGAAGAAAAUCAUAAACUUCUAGAACUUGAAGACAAAGCCAAGGAUACUGGGAAGGGCAAAUGGAACGCGAAGGAUUCUAAGAAUCACAUUAGAAGCAACAUGGUCUAUAAUGUUCCUGAAUUGAGAAAUUUCAUCGAAACUAAAAAGGGAGAGGUUAUGAAAGGUAUUGUUGAGCACGUGAGAGAUGGGUCCACUUUGCGUAUAUUAUUGCUACCAGACUUACAAACGAUUACCCUUAUGAUAUCCGGAAUCAAAUGCCCGACUUCACGAAGGGAAGGAGACCAGUCACAGCAAACGCAGCAAGAAAUCGCCGAACCCUUUUUCGAAGAAGCCCGAUUCUUCACCGAGAGCCGCUUGCUUCAAAGGGACGUGGAGAUCAUCUGCGAGGGCACCUCCAACGCCGCCGUUAUAGGCACCGUUUUGCACGCUAAAGGAAAUAUUGCAGAAUUUUUAUUGAAGGAAGGUUUCGCUAAGUGCGUGGAAUGGAGUAUGGCUAGCGUUAGUUAUAAUACCCAACGGCUUAAGAAUGCGGAAAAAUUCGCCAAAGAUCGUAACUUGAGACUUUGGAAAGAUUACGUGCCAGUUGAAGAAAAUGUCGAAACUAAAGAGACUAAAGCCAUUAUGGCUAGGGUUGUCGAAAUUAUCAACGCGGAAAGUAUGAUGGUGAAGAUUAUCAACUCGGGCGAAACCAAGAAAAUAUUUUUGUCUAGCAUUAGGGGACCAAAAAUGGACCAAGAACCAAACACGGUCUCCGUACUUAAUGGAACAGAAACGAGCAACCCUACAAAUAUAUCGAAUAACGCGAACGUUAAAGCUAACAAACCCUCUAACAAUUCUAGCACGGCUAAUAGCGGUGGCGGCAGAACUAUCUCGAGGCCCCUUUACGAAAUACCCUACCUUUUCGAAGCGAGAGAAUUUUUGAGAAAAAAAUUGAUUGGAAAAAAGGUGAGCGUUAACGUUGACUAUGUUCAACCAGCUUCUAUGGGAUUUCCCGAAAAAAUUUGUUGCACCGUUACCUACGGAGGAGUGAACGUUGCCGGUGCGUUAGUUUCGAAAGGAUUUGCCACUGUCGUGCGGUAUUCUAAUAGGUCAAAUAUGGGCGACCCUUCGCAAUCUCGGGCGGUUCCUUCAGCCGCGCGUAGCCCACAAUAUGAAGACCUGCUAGCCGCCGAAGCCGGAGCCACUAAGCGUGGUCUUGGAGUGCACAGCAGCUCGCGAGGGACCAGUGGUGGAAAGCCUCCACGGAUUCUUGAGCUUAGUGGGUCGAACGCUAAGACAUUGUGGCCCGGUUUAGCCAGAGCCGGCCCCAGGGAAGCUGUGGUGGAGUACGUAGCAUCCGGUGCUAGGGUCAGAUUGUAUUUGACGAAAGAGAGUUGGCUGGUAACCUUUUUGCUUGCCGGUGUAAACUGCCCAAGGGGUCAGAGACCCACACCUGGUGGGGGUGGCAUGAGCCCAGCCGAACCAUUUUCUCAAGAGGCUACCGAGUUUACUAGAGAGGCCAUCCUGCAAAAAGACGUUGAAAUAGAGGUGGAAAGCAUGGACAGAGCCGGCAACGUGAUAGGCUGGCUCCAUUACUACCCAUCACACGAGAGCGGCCCCUCCUCCACUCGUCAUAACCUAUCGGUAGACUUGGUAGAGGCCUCCCUUGCCGACGUUCAUUUUGGGGCAGACCGGACACGGUAUGCUGAUAGGCUGAGGGAAGCUCAGGGUAGGGCAUCGGCCAAAGGCUUGAAGAUAUGGUCCUUGCCGAGACCUACCGAAUCUGCUACAAAUGGAGUGGCUGAUUCUACCGCUGAAUGUCACGAUUCCGAAACAAAUAUGGCCGACACCGAACCAGAAGAAUCAACUGUGCGAACCGGCAGUAAAAAGAUGGCCCUUUCUCUACCCCGAAUAGUCGUCACGGAGAUAAACCCUGAAACAUUUGCCUUUUACUGUCAAGCAAUUGACAAAGGUGACGAUUUGAUUGAAAUGAUGACCGAACUUCGAAAAUGUAUAAACGAACAACAACUCUCUCCGUCGAUGAUUCCUUUCGUGCCCAAAAAAGGCGAAUUAUGCGCUUCUAAAUUCUCGGACAAUGAAUGGUACAGAGCCAGAAUCGAAAAAAUAAAUGGACCAGCUAUAACGAUUUUUUACAUAGAUUAUGGAAACAGAGAAAUAACUGAUGCUAGUAGGCUCACAUUUUUGCCUUCUCACUUCGUUUCCAUAUCGCCACAAGCUAAAGAAUAUUACCUAGCCUGCGUUGUCGUUCCAUCGGAUGAAGAUUUCAAGGAAGAAGCCCUCCAUCAAUUCCGCAAGGAAAGUUUUAACAAAGAAUUUUUGAUAGAGCCUCAAUACAAACUGAAUAAUUUGGAUUACGUUACUCUUUAUCAAGCAGUGCCAAACCCCGAAAAUGACAAAUUAUUUACCAAAGGUGAAGAUUUCGUUAAAACAAAGCUUAUUACGGAAGGUUAUCUGUUGGCUGAACCAAGAAGGGAGAGAAAAUUGUUCAAAUUGGUCGAUGAAUAUAAGAAAGCUCAGGAACAUGCCAAAAAAGAAAGGAAAAAUUUGUGGCGGUACGGUGACUUUACGCCAGACGAUGCUUUCGAGUUCGGUUUCAAGAAAUAGAAUUAGAACCACCCCAAAAUUGCAAUUCAUAUUUAUUAGUAUUUUAGACGAUACAUUUAUUUUUAUUAAAUACCAAUCAUAAAUACAUAUACUAUUAUUAUUAUUCACCUGACAAAAUUUUAUAAAUCAAUUUAUUCUAAUUUUAUAUAAACAAAAUAACGAUUUUCUUUACACUUUAAACUCAAAGUUUUAAAUUAUUUGGAUUUAUAAAAAUUAAUGGAAUAUUAUAUUAUUAUUUUGUUAUGAACGUCGACAAAAUUUAUUUAAGAAAAAUUAUUAGCCAAUUUAUUA